AUGGCUGAAAUUUGCCUGAGAAAAGCGCAGAAAACAGCUGAAACUCGAUCUAAUCUUUGUUAUGUUGAAUCAACUCGGUACCGGCGAUGGCUUAUUCUGGUUAGCACGAUGACCGAUCCAACCAGCCAACUCAGACCGGCAAUGACUUACACUGUUCAAAAUAAGGAAUGGGUUUGCCUCACUCAGUUUCCACUGGCUUCUCAUGGAUGCCAUCAAGAGGAAAGAAGGGCUCUCUUAGGCAUCAAGUCCUCUUUAGAAGACCCUACAAAUCGCUUGUAUUCAUGGCAACAAGGAAACAAAUAUCAGAACUGUUGUGACUGGCUUGGAAUUCAGUGUUCUGGCGACUCUCUUCAUGUUAUCUCCAUCAACCUGCGGAACACAGAGUAUGAAAUUUACUAUAACGAGUAUAUAUAUAGAGUAAAUUUAAAUGAUUUCAAUCCCCAGACACUGCACUACAAGUUAUCAUCUACAAAAUGGUUGACAGGGUUAGUAAAUUUCGAGGUGUUAAGGUUGAGUCGUAUUAAUUUACAUGAGGCGACCUCAUCAGAAAAUAAUUUUCUUGAACAUAUAUCUUUUCUUUCCGAUCUUAAAGUCCUCGAUCUAUCUUACUGCAAUAUAUCUGGUCCGGUUUUUCCCAUCCAAGAGUAUACCAAUUUUUCUCGUCUAUCGUCUCUUAAUAUGAGUUUCAAUCCUGAGCUCAAUUCCUCAUUCCCAGAACACCUGGCCAAAAUGACUUCACUUUCUAGUCUUUACUUAACAAGGUGUAAUCUUCAUGGUUCAGUUCCAUAUAUGCCUCAACUUGAAGAGCUUGAUGUCGGCAAUAAUACUGCUCUUCAUGUCGAUCUUGCGCAAAUGUUUGAACGUAAGUGGCCUAAACUGAAAUCUCUUAGGAUAUCAACAACUAAAGUAACCGGACAAUUUUUUGAUUUAAUUUCAAAUGUGCCGAUGUUAGAGUUUCUUAAAGCGUCUGGUUGUUCAAUUCAAGGAUCCAUCCCAAAAUCAAUCUGCAAACUUUCUUCUCUUCGAGAAAUUUUCCUGCAGCGUAACAAUUUUACUGGAACGAUGCCAAGUUGCAUUACCAUGCUCAGGUACCUCGAUCGGUUAGAUAUCAGUAAAAACUUUAUCAGGGGUGAUGUCUCACUUUCCUCUUUGUUUACCAAGUUAAAUCUAAGUUAUCUAAAGAUGGGUCCAAACAAGCUAACGGUAUCUAUCCAUCAAGACUUACAUUUAUACCCUAAACUUAAACUCAAGGUAUUAGGGUUGGCAUCAUGCAAUCUGAAAGGAUUGUUCCCUGAUUUCAUUUGUAAUUUGACUGAUUUAGAAAAUUUGCAGUUAUCUGGGAAUAACCUUACAGGAACUAUCCCUUCUUGCAUGAACAAACUCAAAAAUCUCAUGUCGUUAGAUUUCUCAUCCAACAAUUUUCACGGUCCUCUGCCUCUUCCGUGUAAGAACGCCAAACUAUAUAAUUUAGCAAAUAAUAAAUUGAACGGUGAAAUCUCAAUGGAAGUUGGAGAAAGACUAUCUACCGUGUCCUUAGUUUGGUUAUCUGGUAAUGAACUUAAAGGCUCCAUUCCCUUUUCUGUAUGCUCCAAAGAACCUGGAGAGUCUAAUAUACAAUAUCUUGAUCUCUCCAACAAUAACUUAUCUGGGAUUAUACCUACUAGUGUAGGGUACUGUCAUUCUCUUAUAUAUCUUAAUCUCGGCAUUAACAACCUCACUGGAAAUGUUCCGAAAGAGCUUGAACAAGCUAAGAAAUUGCAAAUUCUGCAACUAAAUGACAACAAUUUUGAUGGCGAUCCUCUUAAUUUCAUCGGUGAACUUCACGAGCUGGUAGUUCUCGACUUGGGGAAUAACAACUUUGGAGGAAGUAUAUCCAGUUUGGCUGGUUCACUCGGUAACCUUCAGAUUCUUUCUUUAAGAACAAAUAAUUUCAAUGAGUCAAUCCCCAAAGAGAUUCUUGAUUUGCAGCAACUCCAUGUAUUAGACUUAUCGAGAAACAAUCUCACCGGGAUAAUUCCUAAUGGAAUAGGCAAUCUGCAAUUGCAGAUGACGACCAAAGGGAUCAUAACGCAGUAUGAGAAUCUGUAUACCUAUAACUCAGGAAUCGAUUUAUCCUCUAAUAAACUCGAAGGGGAAAUUCCUGAAGAGAUAGGUCGAUUAAAAGGACUUUCCAUGCUAAAUCUAUCACACAACCACCUCUCAGGUAACAUUCCACUGAGUGUGGGAAGUAUGAAUGGUUUGGAGUCCUUGGAUUUGAGUUUUAAUAAGUUGUCUGGACCUAUCCCAGUAUCUUUAGCAUCAAUGGAUUUUCUUGGUUAUUUGAACCUGUCUUAUAAUAACUUGAGUGGCACAAUACCAAGAGGUCCACAUUUUGAUACAUUAAGCGGUGAUGGUUCAGCAUAUGUUAAUAACAGUUUCCUAUGUGGGUAUCUUACAAAAAGUAUUUGUGGGGAUGACAGCGAUAAUGGCAGUACCAACUAUCCAAGUGAAGUUAAUAGAGAUGAAGAAGAUGAAUCAAAAGAUAAAUGGUAUUUGUUUGGUGUUGUUGUUUUGGGGUUCAUAGUUGGAUUUUGGGGUUUGUUUUUUGGUUUGGUGUUGAAGAAAGAGAAAUGGUGGUGUCCGUACUGGAAAUUUGUUGACAGCAUUGCAGUUAGAACUAUUCAAGUUUUCUUAAGACAUUGA